AAAUUUCCUCUCGCCUAGGUGCUUCACCGUCGGUUUAGUCAAAAUUUCAAUGGCUGUAUCUACAUCGACAGGCUUCCCUCUACCCCAGGAGCUGACCGACAUGAUCAUCGGCGAACUCAAAGGAAACCCCUCCUCUCUAUUCGCUUGUUCUCUUACCUGCCGCUCCUUCCUUUCACCUUCGCGUAGACAAAUAUUCUCUGCCGUGGGCUUCGACAACGCAGAUCACAUCCGACGAUUUUACGUUAUAUGCACAGAAUCCCCAGAAAUAUCCUCUUGCGUAAAUCAUCUGUUCCUACAGAAUUUUUCACACUGGAGUGUCACGGCAGAUGAGCAUUUAACGCCCAUCGUGAAAUCCCUAGUUAACCUUGAAUCUCUCUCGUUGCACGACGUCUCGUUCCGCGAUCUUUCAAAGGAACUCACCACGAUGCUUUCCUCAUGCCCACUGAAGGUCCUGGCUCUUUGGGACCUAACGGUGGAUGACACUCAGGCAUUAUGUUCGUUUCUUCGCCACUGUCAUCAACUCCACACGAUGUCGAUAUCUGGCAAUCUCAUCGUUACAGAUGGCCAGGCUGACGUCUCCAUGUGUGAACACAAUGACCCUUCCCCCGUAUCCUCUCUCCGACAUCUAGUUAUUACAUGUACGCCUGGUUCCCGACGGAUACUGGACACGAUUCUUACCUACCCUACUCCACCCGUGCGUAUCGACAGGCUUGAGCAUCUCACCAUACGCAUGCAAUACGAUGGCGACCCUUACGACCAUUUCAGCCUAGAGAACCUUUCGCUUCUGAAAACAAUCAUAGACCUCAACCGUGAUAACGACACGCUAAUCCGCGUUUCAGCCCCGUUCAUACUAACAUACAUCGAUAGACACACCCCUUCCCCCUUUGAUCUUCCCCUAUCUCACCUACGUGCCCUAUCUUUGGACCUAGGAGAUUUCCCUGAUAUAUUGAGAGUCAGUCCGCUUCCUAUCCUAGGCUGGUGGACGAACGCGCUCAGACCAUCGCCUAACGUCCCGACCCGUCUGGAGUCUCUAACGAUCCGACUUUACCUCGAUGCCCAUAGUACCCACUUUCGUUCCUCCGCGGGUAAAGAGGCAUGGGCAAAUCUGGAUUCAGUUUUGGGGGAUGACAGUUAUCCACUCCGGAGAUUAACUAUUCGUUUAAUGGGCAGCAAAGAUUACCGUCUUGGAGAAAUAUCAAACGCAUUGGACGUGACGGAGAAUAUCAUCAGAGGGUCUAUGCCUCGCCUUGUCCAGAAGGGGGCUCUUGACUCUGAUGAAGAAGAUUACUGGGGUAUCGUCUACUAAAUCAAAAUUUGUAGCAAAUUAUUUAAUCACCGGUGAUUAGUGUUCUUUCCAGCGUGGUUGCAAAGGUGCCCUGAUAACAGCGGACUGGUUACAUUAACAGAAGGAAUCGUUAGGACGUAGAUAUGGUUGUACAUGAGACACCUUGAUUCAACGAGAUUUUUC